ACCUUGACUUUUGUACGUAAACUACAUAAAUUAAGGUAGUUGGACCGAAGAUAAAAACAGCUGCCACUCGCACGAAGUGCCAAGAAUUGCAGGGCUGAUACGACAUUUGUCAACAGUAGAUAAGGGUUCCCUAAUGUGGAGAAGUAUUCUGCAUAAGGUUUCAGCUGAUACUAGUUUUAUUAACGGCAGAGAAUACACAAGAGGUGCGAUACACUAAUGCGGGGAUUUAUCACUGGUAGAUAAGAGCUUCGAAACGCGAAAACCGACCGCAGUAUGAUUUUCACGCACAUUUUUCGUUAUUUGGAUGAUAGAGAUGCCGAAGAAGUGCGCCGCUCGCCAGCCCCGAAAUUACGCAUCCAAAACUCUGCUUCUCACUGGGAACAUCAAGAUGUUAGAUUCCAGAAGAUUUCAGUGACAGCUCCUGCGGGAAAAGUGUUAAGAUCGCCACAUAAAGAUCGCGAAACUAGACAAGGAUUCGCAAGUUUACGCGCGCCUAGCUCACGUCCUUGUCAAAAACCAAGAAUGUUACCACCGAUUCAUGGAUCGCUUAUCAGAGGGGAAGCAACAACGGUUUGUAAUGAUCACAACUCGGCUAGGUUACCACCAAUUGAGCCGUCUGUGAAACAACUCAGCGAGUAUGAAAAGAGGUCGCGCUCAAGAACAGCAGAGAACGUUUGUUUGAAAAGUGUCAUUGGCGCGGGUAACUCGUGUAAGGAUCAGCCAUGCGUUUCUUCCGCUAAUUUGCGACAUCACGAGGAGGCAGGUUCGAAAGAGGAAAUGCCAGCUGUUUUGAAAAGUUGCAGUUUGCAAGAUAUUUCUGCAAAGGAACACUAUCAAGAUCUUUUCAAGCAAACUGCGACUCAGCAUGACUUAAAAGCGAGAACAAACGUGAAAUCUGCUAAAACUAGUGGGAUUACCGCAGGAGAAAACUUCACACACAGGGCAAGGUCCGUUGGUGAUUUACAAGCAGCGAGUGACAAAGAGUGGGCGCUGAGAGAAUUUAGGAAAGAGAACACAGUUAACGAUUUUUACAAACUAGAAAAACCAAGUGAAGUCAACAGAGCAGAAACUUUGCCUUUUUCCGUAAAGCGAAACCGUAAAAAUGUAAAUAUACGCAACAUGCAAGAUGCUGAAUAUUUACAUGGUGAGUCAGCUUUGUUUCAGGUAGACGGUUGCCUGGCAGCAACGAACUUCAAGAAAAUGGGAAAAUUAAACGACUUUGAGGCGGCAGAGUACGAAAAAGGAAGGCGCAAUGCAAUAUGUGAAGUCUUAGAAAAGAGGACAGUUCCUCCGUUUGGGUCUAGUUUGUACGAAAUGAGGCAAAAUUUAAUCCAGUCGUUGUAAGAGAAGCCUCGAAUGCAGCAACGAUCGAAAAGUAGCGAUAAAACAAAUUAAGCUUGAGACAGGUGCAUUUAGCCUUUUGACAUUUUAAAGAAGUUCCGCGUGACAGAAUGUAAAUUCACUAUUCACCGACGCUCUUGCAAGUCAAAUAUAAAAAUAUAAAACCACGCAUCCUGAUCCGGUAGGAAAACUACCAUUAAAGAAGUAUUUAUGGCUUAGGGAGAGAAAAAACGAAGUUGUUUCUUCAGAAAAUCUCCAUUGCAUUCCUGUUUUUGUUUCGGGAAAAUGACUUGGGAGGAAAUUAUCGCUAAGAUGAAGCGACUAAGAAUUAAUCCACGAAGACAUGAUUAAAAACAUGAAAUUAUCAUUCGUUUACUUUCGUAAACGUCGAGAAGAUUUCGUUGUAAUUAAACCGGUCGUAAAGUUUUUACUUUAGUUCGACCUUUGAAAAAAUGAGUUGUUCAUAAUAAGCAUUUAAACUUAUUAAAGCACAGUUUUCCUUUUGAAGAUUUAAAGACUCUUACAGUUUGUGCGUCAAAAAGGUUUUUAAUUUGAACGGAUGUUUACAACCGGAGUGGGAGUAAAUAACGUUUAAGUUUUAGCAGGUUUGAGCAAACCUAAAUUGUUUAUUCACGACUGGGCUAAAAAUAGCUAUCCACACAAGAACUUUCGUAAAUUGUGUGGGUGUGAUUUGCUCGGCAGGUGGAGAAAGGCAAGUUGUAAUGUCCUGCUUUUUCUAGUGGUUUUAAGCAUGAAGGGUAAGAACACAAUGCAAAAAGGAAGAAGGCAAGCCGCGUUGUUCACCAUUAAGGCCCUGUUCACACGAGCCUGGACAUUUUUUCCAACCGCAUAUAUUUUUUACCCGGGUUCACGAUCAUGUGGACGGGGUUUUUUAUAACCACUCAACCAAAGAUGCGGUUUCGGUGAGCGAAUUCACUAGAGCGUUUUAGAUUAGGACGACUACGAGUAUACGAGUACGAGAUUUUACGUAAACGUUUUUUCGCGUAUUGUCGAAAAAUAUUCAACCCGGAAAGCUUCAUUGUACUAUUAUCCACCUAUAAAAAUUAGUCCGUUUUUUUUAUUGGAGAAGGUUUAGCUCUUUCCCGGUUGCAAAAUGAUAAAACUUCUAAAAUUUGAUAACUUCAAUGUUUUCGCCAGCAUUCUCGCUAAAACUCGUAGUAGAAUGACGACGGCUACCACGUUUU